GUUGUACACGUUACCAGACGAGUCGGAUCAUCCUCACUGUCAGCAACGAGCUCUUCUUUCUACUUUUUACAACAUAUAUUGUCCUCACAGCCCAAGACUUUCACGAAUCUAAUUUUAGCUUCCCUAAUGACUCCAACGUCUGUCUCCGGGGUCCCAGCCAAGUUGCUUGCUGUGUUCCCAUUUCUCGCAGUCGCAGGCGCUUAUGUAGUCAUGGUUUGGUGUCUCCACGGAAAUGGCCUGAUUGAAAAGAUACACGCAGGAUGUGGCGCGCCAGUAGAGGGGGCAUCGUUCCCAACGCGUAUCUCAUACACCAGUAUCUCCCCUCUCGAUUUCAACCUCUGCGCCAUCGUUACGUUUUAUCAUGGCUUAAUGAACACCACCUACCAACCACUUCUAAUCCUCAUGUCCACUACGCUUGCUGCAAUCGCCAUCAUCCCUUUCGCAGAAGCCACUCGCGAAUAUCACCCUAAGCGGCUCAAUAUACCUGGGACUAUUGGCAUGAUUUACCAGAACUGCAGCUCUGCAGUGGUCAUGCCGAUUUAUUGGUUUGCUUUCGCGCUUACUGGUGGCACGACCCCUCGCAGCGAUAGAAUCAAUCAAGGGAACGCAGAAGCACUUUUAUUUGCCCUUGUUGUUGGCUAUGCUAUCCCCACUGCUUGCAUGGUGGUUCUUGAAGAUCCAGUGGUGACUGCCAUAUGGCAGUUCUUCCCUGUGUACAUGGCAAUCGCCCAGUGGGCACACUCCAAAAUCCGACCCCCCUCGCAUCACACUGGGUCGGGAUACGGCACUGUUCAAGCCAUGUACUUGCUUAUAUACGUCACUUCCGCUUAUUUGCACGUUGCCCACAUCUGGCCUCUUUUCAACAGUCCAACACUCGUCCAAAAGCUUAUAAUGCCCCCUACCUCUCUUUUGGACCCGUCAAAUUCUAUCAGUGAAGGUGUUGCAGCGUUCCUGAAGUGGGACAUAGUAUUUACAGCGGGCUCGACUUUUCUGAUAACGCUGUGGUUCGCCAGAAGUCUAACAGGCUUAGCGGUGCUAAUUUUGUGGCACGUGUCGGCUACUUUCUUAGUGGGACCCGCAGCUGCAAUCGCAGGAGUAAUGAUGUGGAGAGAAUCGACAAUAAAUGCACAGGCCAUUGUCAAGGAAGAGAAAGCUCGAUGAUGGUUGUCACUAGGAGACCACACCGUAUAUAAAUCUUGAGUAGUUUUUUUGAGAAAAUGUUGUAGAAUGCAGCAGAUUUGAAAAGGCUCAAGCGCUCAUGGACGG